UGCAAUGGCUUCAUCUCAAUCACAAGGGAUACAAACCCUACUUGAAGCCGAGAAAGAGGCUGCCAACAUCGUUCAGGAGGCGCGUAAAUAUAGAGUGCAGCGCUUGAGGGAUGCUCGAUCAGAAGCGCAAAAGGAAAUUGAUGAGUACAGACAAUCAAAGGAGGCUGAAUUCGCAAGCAUCGAGAGUGGAAAACAAUCCUUGAUUGAUGGUGCACAAUUGCAAGCUGACAAAGAAACUGAAGCUAAACUUGCUAUCGUAAAGGAGUCGUUUGCGAAGAAUCGGGAAGCUGUCGUGCAGAAGCUCCUCGAUCGGGUUAUCCUUGUAGAGCCUAAACUGCAUCGUAAUCUCAGGAAAGAGCAAUAAUCGAUUGUGCAUCCACUCUCCCAUACCAAAAGUCCCUCAUAAUUUCACCGCUCAAAAGGCGCCCACUUUACAUUGGGUUAAUCCAGCAUGGAGAAUAUUCAACCUCAACAAGCACCCAGAUAUGAAUCAAUUCGGGUGGUAGAGAAUGAAAUCUUGUAUUAAGUCGCGUGCAUAAGCUGUGAAGGUCGAGC